AUGGCUAGACCUACAACACGUCCUCGGAAAGAUCGUCAGAGGCGUAGAUUUUCGGCGACAAGUCGUCGUACUGUACGUGAACGCCAAGGAAGUGUUGAUUCUGCCGAGUUGGAUGAUAUCAACCCUAGCCAAUUGCGAACCUUGCUGCAACAAGGCCCCGAGGAUCUUCACGGUAUGACUACUUUGGUGACUACUCCCUUGGCCUCUUCGGCUUUACCAGCCCCGUCUGACAGCUCUACCAGGGUGAACACGGUAGGAACAUCGAGAGCGCGAGAUGGAGACACGAAAAGAUAUUUUCAAGGCUACGAGUAUACACGUGCAAAUUCAACAUCGGUCAAGAUCACUUAUCGAUGCAGCUUUUACCGACCUUCAAAACGCUGUCCUGGCACUCUUGUCUUCUAUGCGAAUACGAUGACGUUUGAUGUGGACAAUAUGGUUUCUCAUACGUGUCGUAGUGGCACGUCUCGUGGCCAACCAGUGAUGAUUCCGGCUAUAUCUGUCACAGAGGAGAUGAAGGCUUUCGUCGACAGUCUUAUCGAGGAGGACAUGGUGGCCAAGGCAAUAUGGACAGGAACCUACACAAAAUUUUACUCGGCUUCUGCACGUGUCGUACGCGGGCUUUCACACAAGCUAGUGUUCAAUCGUGUUUCCAAUGCCAGAGCCUCAGCCUACGGCUCCAAUGUCUUAGCUUUGCUGGAAAGUCCAGCUCUAGCCAGUCAAGCAUGA